UACCAGCUCAGGCUAAGCCUAUAGCACUACAAAGAACAGACAAGGGACCUUUUCAGGGUUCUAAAUUAAAUACUACUCUUGACGACAGGGAACAGCCUGUGAGAAACUUCUGCAGACAUGCGUCCCCGAUCUCGACUGCUCACUAAGAAGAAGCUCCCUACAAUUUGUGAAGCCUAUGAGGAGAUCCUGCAGGACAAGAAUGACAGUAACAAGCUCUACAUCCACUCCGAUUCCCUGUCCUCAGAAGACUACCUGCAAUCCAUUUGCCAGCUGGCCCAGCCCACCUUCCCAGUAUUGGAGAAUAACAUCUGUGAAGUCCAGAGCUCCAACAGACUCAACUCCCAGAAGCAAGCUCCCCACCUGCCGAGACUGCCCCCCCUGGCAUCACCCCCAACUCCCAUGCAUCCUUAUUUGAGCAGCUGCCUUCAGGGGACCCUGCUGUCUGACAUCAUCUCCCUAGAGGGGGUCAGCCUCACUCUCAAUAAGAACAUCUCCCCUCUUUUUAGACCUGACCCGCUGGAACAGCUGUAUGGACACAGAGACACGUUUCAUCUCAAAGACUCAAAGGGACAAUCCAGAUUCAGCAAAACGACAAGGGAACAUGUCAUAACCAUGCCCCGGAAAAACAGCUGCCCUGAACUUACCCUGGAAGCACAAACCAAUCUGGAUUCCCAGUGUGCUCCUGGAACUCCAAGCAAUAAAGAAACCAGCUCCGCUAAUCUUCCAGGUCAAGUCUGGCCUUGUCCUCCUAAAGAAAACAAUCUCAAAGAAAGAAACCCUAAAACCAAUUCCAGGAGACACCACAGCCUUGUCAAGAUUCCAGAAGAGCUCAAAACCAAAGGCAGCAGUGCUGCAGUGAGUGAGGAAAAUCUUUGCAGCUCGCAAUCUGAGUUUCCUGAGAAGCACGGCAUGAUUUACAACUGGAUAACGGACUGCAGAAGUGCCUGGAAAGAGGCCCGGGUCACAGCUUGUAUGCUCCCCGCCAUCGCGGAAAUGUAAAUCUAGCUGAACUAAAAAAAGAUAUGCAUGCCACUACUUAGAAACUACUGUAGCUUGUGCUUUCUCCAAAGAAUAUUUUGACCAGUGUCACUUCUCACUUCUCACACACCCCACAUCCCAACUCAGUGAUUGGUACCAGAGCUCGUAUGGUUGGGUUUUACAUGUGAGCAAAGAGAGGAUAAAUGCACAGAUAGUUCAGAAAGUCACCUACCCGGGGCAAUCCCAAUCAGCUGUUCCUUGGAGUGUGUAGCAAGCUCGUGCAGUGCUUUGUAACUGAAGAAGUGAGCUGGCUCCAAACUUCCUGCUUUGAGGAGUUCACCCGCCAUCUUUCCGUACAUUGCUUUGCAAACUUGGUCCUUCAAGGUUACUACAGAGCUACUAAAGUGGGAAACUAUUGCAGUCAUCACUACUCAGCAACACUACAGUACACAUUUCAUCUUUACAUUGAUAGUAUAUUGUAGAAUAAAAUAUUACAAUAUAUAGUAGACACUGAUAUUGACGCAAUGCAGACAUCUGAAAUGUCUGUAUCAGAUAGUUUGUAUCAGCUUGAAAUUAAGUGACAUGCAAUUUAGCUAUACUGUUUGAGUGUGUGUGUGUGUGUGUGUGUGUGUGUGUAUAUAUAUUCAAAAAUAUAGUAUAGGGUGCUCCAUAAGAUACAAGCUGAUUCUUCACCUACUCAACUCCACCAGUAGGUAGCCUCUCUGACCUUUCGUGGAGAUUAUAGUACAGCAACCUAUAUAUUAUUCCAUAUACUAUAUAUAACUCACUGUGCUCCCCCUGGUGGAGUCCAGUGUUGAAGCUAGCUCUUACCACUGUUUUUAACAGUCACUCAAACAAACUGUGUAAAGCAGUGCUCUUUGACGUUUUAUACCGACCGCGUUUUAUUUUUACAUGCACAUAUUGUUAUACAAAUUAAUAUAGCAUUUGUUAUUUAACAAAAUCUAUAACAAUGAGCUAUUAAUCUCACAGUGCUGUGAUUUGUACUGAUUUCAUUUUGUGUCUAAGAACAUCUAAAUGUAUGGCAGCUUUUAAAGACGAAGGGAAACCCCUGUAAAUCCUUAUGUAAGUCUUGACACAAAAGGUGCUUGAUAACUAAUGUGCUUUCUAGCCCGCAGUGGAGUAGUUGCGGUGGGAAGAGAUGCUGGAACUAUACCAUUAAGAGUUAUGUUGUCAUGGUAAGAUAUGGAAUUGCAAAACAAUGCAAUUACUAUAAAAAGCAAGCAAUGCUGAUUUAGUGAAUAUUGAUUCCAAUAUCUUAUCUAGAAGUAGAAAAAAAUGUUUACAAAAACCUGUUUAACGUAA